UCCUCACCAGCUUCCGUACAGCUCUGGCUUCUGAACGCUACGCAGAACAACAGAGAACCGGCAGCAGUAAAGAUGAGUCUGAGGAAGCAAACGCCGAGUGACUUUCUGAAGCAGAUCAUCGGCAGACCUGUUGUGGUCAAACUCAACUCCGGUGUCGACUACAGAGGUGUCCUCGCCUGCUUGGAUGGGUACAUGAACAUCGCCAUCGAGCAGACCGAGGAGUACGUCAACGGACAGCUGAAAAACAAAUAUGGAGAUGCAUUUCUGAGAGGCAACAACGUUCUCUACAUCAGCACGCAGAAGAGGAAGGUCUAGUGAAGAUCGCCUGUUUUCUUUUUUUACUUUUCAUUUGUAAUUUGUUUUAUGAAAGCAUGUUUUGUUAGAAUGGGAUUCUUAAUAAAAGCUGAGUUUGUCCGCGGCCAACAUAAAUCCAAAUUUCUCCUGUGUUUGUGUUCACGUGAAAAGUCAAUUGAAUUGUGCACUUGUCAUUGUGCUUUGCCGAGGGUCCCACCGAGGUAAAAUAACUGCUGAUGUAGUUGGUCUUUUAUACUGUAUAAAGCAAGCUUGCCUCCUCUCAAUUACUUCUGUGUAUCUUGUGAAAAUGAAGAAGCAUGAGCUUAAAGUUAAACAUUUAAAAGCUUCUGAACAACCAAGACACUGACCUCAAUUCCUCUGCCUGCUAGCUUUAAAGCAGCAAAAUAAUUCUGCAGGAACUUUUUUUUUUUUCCACAGGAGAGGCAACUGUGUCAACUCACGCUUGUAGCAUUUACGUAGGUUUUUAAAUUAAAUGGUUCAAUACAACUGUGCUCAUGUUAAUUUGGGAGUGAUGACCACCAAUGUUAAUUUCUGAAUGGGCCUCAAGUCAGCAGCGUGAUGACUUUACUCGACAGCUUUACUACUGGUGGCUUCAGUCCUCUGGUGUUGCACCUAAAAGCAUCCGGUAAAUCAAAUCACGUGGCAGCAUAAUGGCGUCCGCUCACAUACAGACAGCAGGAGAGUGAGUGACUGUUUGAGCCUCCAGAGCUGGGACAAAGUGGUAAUCAAUGAAAGGAUGCUGCGCUCUUCUAAUGGAGGACGGAUGAUUUUCCCAUUCAGCCCCAUGCGAAGCUGCGAGUGCCAUGACAUCGCUCAGAAAUGUAUUUGAGAUCUGAAUGGUCAGUGCUGCCCGGGUGAGCAGGGCUUUCAGUUGGAUGACCUCAAGAAGCUGCAGCCACAUACAGAUUGACACAUUUCCCUCAGAUCUGUUUCGCCAUUUGUGCUGGUUUCCCUCCUCAAGCUUGUAAAGAUACUGACAUGGUUUCAUGGGAGGUGGGACGUUUGUCCUUUGAUGGGAUGUCGUUUGUAUCCGGAGGUAUGUUUUGUUGUUCUAAGGGGCUAUUUUUAGGUCAUUCAGAAUGAUCUGUUUUGGGGAGCUAUGCUCUGUUUCUUGUCAUGUUUUGUCAUCCUUAGGGUGUGGUUAUGUCUUGUCCUUUGAUGUCUUGAUUUAAUAUCCUAAGGUUUUCUGCGUCCUUCAGAAUGACCUGCUGGUUGGCCUUUUAGACUUUUGCCCUGUUCUUUAGUGUGAAGUUUUGUUGUCACUUGAUGGGAUUGUUGAUCUUUCUUUGGGUGUGAUUAUUUCUUGUCUUUGGUAUGAUCGUUUUUUGCCCUUUCAGCUGUCUUUUUGUCACGUUUUGUCUCUUUUGGUGUCCUUUGGUGUGUUGUUUAGUGGUCCUUUGGUGGGAUGUUCUGUGUGAUAUUUUGCUGUUCCUUGGUGGGAUUGUUUGUCAUCAUUAGGGUGUUCUUAUGUUCUUUGAUGUGACGUUUCAAUGUCUCAAAGUGCUGCUUUUUUGUGCACUUCAGAAUGUCCUAUUUCUUUUGAUGCUGGUGUUGUUUGGUUCUGAUGUUUUGUAGUCCUUUGGUGGCAAGUUUGUCCCUUGGCUGCAUGUUUUGUUGUCAGUUGGUGUGAUGUUUUAAUGUCUUCUGGUAUGGCUAGUUGUUGUCUUUGACGUGAAUAUUUAAGGUUGUUUUUGGUAUUUGGUAUGAUGGUUUCAUAUCCAUGAGUGGUGUUUUUGUGUCUUCACGUCUCACUGUAGUGUAUGUUUUAGUUCUGUUUUCUUGUUGCAUGCUUUGCUCUCGGGUUUGUGCCGUGCUUUCUGUUGGCCCCCCGCUAUCCUUGGGUACCUUCUUUGGUCAUAGUCAGGUGUGAUGCUUCGAUGCCCUUUGGCGUCAAGUUCCACACCCUUUCUUCGACAAGCUCUGUGCUCCAUCAGGAAAGUUAGACGUGGGGAGUUGACACGGCAUGUCGGGUGGAAGUAGGGCAGAGGUUAAGAGACGGAUUCAUUUAUAGCUGAGACGCUGAACUUGGACCAGAUGUUGGUCCUCUGCGGGAACAUGACAUUCUCAGUGACGGCUCCACCCUGGUGUCUACGUGCUGCUUGUUUUUAAAUGGCGUUUCGACUGAGUGAUGCUGGCAAACACCAGCAUAUGCGAGCAAUUGGAAGUUUAUUCUGUUUCCAUGUUGCCCGAGGUAAUUUCUCAAAUUAGAUCAAAAGUGGCAACACCUCAUUACACUAAGAUAAGAACCCCAUAAAUAUGAUUCAUUAGGCUCGUAAUGAGAAUGUGAUGGCGUUGAGGCAAUGAAGGGAUUUCUUCCAAGGGUGGAUAUUUUUUUUCCCCCUUUCCCUCAAAGAGCCUUGUUUUCCAACCCGUACAUGCGCACUCUGGCCCCUGAAAGGAGACAAAAGGCUGCCAAGGUCAGGCCCGACUUGAGAAUGAAGGACGCGUUAUUGAUCAAACUCUGUUGAGCUG